UAAAUUCUAACAAAAAAAAGUAAAGAAAUGUUCUUGUGUUGAUGGUUGAUGGGACGGAACCCAUAAUAUUAAAUGGGAAAGAAAGAGAGGAGUACUAUAUUUAAUUUCCGGAAGGCAUGACAUAACCAGCGCAGCAUUGUCUGUGUCCUGGCGUCUAGAGGCACGUCUCCACACCAUACCCACUCCUCUCUCUAUUAUGUUGCUCUCGCAUUCGCGAUUCUCGCACCUUCCAAUUGCCCCAUGGCUUCCUAGACUUCGAUUUCCCGCAUCCGGUACGUUCUCCUUCUCCGAACAUUCGGUAAAUCACUUUUCUUUUAAUCUAAAUGCAAUCAUACAUUAUUUCUUUCUUGCCAGAGGCGCGUGCAGGUUCUUUCUCUCCUUGCUCGCCGAUGACUCUUCCUCCGUCAGAGAGGCCUCCAUGUCCUCUCUCAAGAACAUUGCCGCGCUGAAUCCUCUUCUUGUUCUUGAUUGCUGUGCCGUCGUGUCGCGUGGUGGACGUCGGCGGUUCGGGAACAUGGCUGGAGUUUUCCAAGGAUGGCGUCGCGUUCGGUCUCUUGACACAAGGAGACGUUGAUUCUGCUUUCUUGGCGAGCUAGCUAAGAUUGCUACCGCGGAGCUGAUUUCCUCUAAGGAACUAAAUUCUGACUGGCAACGAGCAGCAACAAGCCUACUUGUUGCAAUAGGCUCACAUUUACCUGAUCUCAUGAUGGAAGAAAGUUUCUUAAUUUAUCUGGGGACCAAUUCAGCAGUUAAAGGCUAUGGUUCAAUCCUUGCAGAAUUGCUUCUACUGAUUCUUAUUCAUUCCACGCCUUGGGAAAAGGUGUACAUUUCCCGAAUUUUGCCAAUUCGGAAUGUACGAGAAAUGCAUCGCCCGAUUUUUGCAAAUGCAUUUAAGUGUUGGUGUCAAGCGUCUUGGCAAUAUAGUAUAGACUUUCCUUCACAUUUUCCUCAAGAUGCUGAUGUCAUGUCAUUUCUAAAUUCAGCUUUUGAGCUUUUGUUGAGAGUUUGGGCAGCUUCAAGAGACCUUAAGGUUCGUGUGGCAUCUGUAGAAGCACUGGGGCAGAUGGUAGGUCUCAUAACACGAGCACAGUUAAAGACUGCCCUACCAAGGCUUAUCCCUACAAUAUUGGACUUGUAUAAAAAAGAUCAAGAUAUAGCUUUUUUGGCUACAUGCAGUCUCCACAAUCUGCUAAAUGCCUCUUUGUUGUCCGAAAGUGGUCCUCCUAUGCUUGAUUUUGAGGAUUUGACUAUUGUUUUAUCAACACUUCUACCUGUGAUAUCUACGAAUAAUGACGGCAAAGACCAAUCAGAUUAUUCUGUGGGACUAAAGAUGUAUAAUGAGGUUCAGCAUUGCUUUCUGACCGUUGGCUUGGUGUAUCCAGAUGAUUUGUUUUUGUUCCUUGUGAAUAAAUGCAGAUUGAGGGAAGAACCAUUGACUUUUGGUGCUCUUUGCAUUUUGAAGCAUCUUUUGCCAAGGCUGUCAGAAGCUUGGCAUAGUAAAAUAUCUCUACUAGUAGAAGCUGUAAAGUCCUUGCUUGAGGAGCAGAAUUUAGCUGUUCGAAAGGCACUAUCUGAGUUAAUUGUGGUUAUGGCUUCUCACUGUUACUUGGUUGGUUCGUCUGGAGAGUUGUUCAUUGAAUAUCUUGUACGCCAUUGUGCUAUAACUGAUCACAAUAGGAGUGAUCUCGAGAACAUACCAAACAAGAGAAUAGAGAUGAAAAUUGGAGCAGUUACUCCUAGUGAGUUAAGAGCAGUUUGUGAAAAAGGUCUGCUUUUGGUAACUAUUACGAUUCCUGAAAUGGAGCAUAUUCUUUGGCCUUUUCUGUUGAGGAUGAUUAUUCCACGAACCUACACUGGUGCUGUGGCCACGGUUUGCAGGUGUAUCUCAGAAUUGUGGCGGCAUAGGUCAUAUAGCAAUGAUAUGUUGAGUGAGUGUAAAACCCGUCUUGAUAUACCAAUUGCUGAGGAACUUCUGGCUCGCUUGGUGGUGCUUUUGCAUAAUCCUCUGGCAAGGGAACAAUUGGCCACUCAAAUUUUGACAGUUCUAUGUCUUUUGGCACCUCUAUUUCCAAAAAAUAUUAAUUUGUUUUGGCAAGAUGAGAUUCCAAAGAUGAAGGCAUAUGUUAGUGAUACAGAGGACUUAAAGCAGGAUCCGUCAUAUCAAGACACUUGGGAUGACAUGAUUAUCAAUUUUCUUGCAGAAUCUUUGGAUGUGAUUCAAGAUGCAGAUUGGGUUAUGUCUCUUGGAAAUGUUUUUGCCAAACAUUAUGAACUUUAUGCUUCUGAUGAUGAACACACCGCACUUCUGCACCGGCUGUCAGAAGCUUGGCAUAGUAAAAUAUCUCUACUAGUCGAAGCUGUAAAGUCCUUGCUUGAGGAGCAGAAUUUAGCUGUUCGAAAGGCACUAUCUGAGUUAAUUGUGGUUAUGGCUUCUCACUGUUACUUGGUUGGUUCGUCUGGAGAGUUGUUCAUUGAAUAUCUUGUACGCCAUUGUGCUAUAACUGAUCACAAUAGGAGUGAUCUCGAGAACAUACCAAACAAGAGAAUAGAGAUGAAAAUUGGAGCAGUUACUCCUAGUGAGUUAAGAGCAGUUUGUGAAAAAGGUCUGCUUUUGGUAACUAUUACGAUUCCUGAAAUGGAGCAUAUUCUUUGGCCUUUUCUGUUGAGGAUGAUUAUUCCACGAACCUACACUGGUGCUGUGGCCACGGUUUGCAGGUGUAUCUCAGAAUUGUGGCGGCAUAGGUCAUAUAGCAAUGAUAUGUUGAGUGAGUGUAAAACCCGUCUUGAUAUACCAAUUGCUGAGGAACUUCUGGCUCGCUUGGUGGUGCUUUUGCAUAAUCCUCUGGCAAGGGAACAAUUGGCCACUCAAAUUUUGACAGUUCUAUGUCUUUUGGCACCUCUAUUUCCAAAAAAUAUUAAUUUGUUUUGGCAAGAUGAGAUUCCAAAGAUGAAGGCAUAUGUUAGUGAUACAGAGGACUUAAAGCAGGAUCCGUCAUAUCAAGACACUUGGGAUGACAUGAUUAUCAAUUUUCUUGCAGAAUCUUUGGAUGUGAUUCAAGAUGCAGAUUGGGUUAUGUCUCUUGGAAAUGUUUUUGCCAAACAUUAUGAACUUUAUGCUUCAGAUGAUGAACACACCGCACUUCUGCACCGGUGCCUAGGCAUUCUGCUUCAAAAGGUUAAAGAAAGAGCUUAUGUCCGUGAUAAAAUAGAUUGGAUGUACAAGCAGGCAAACAUUGCAAUUCCAACAAACAGACUUGGAUUGGCAAAAGCAAUGGGAUUGGUUGCUGCAUCACACUUGGAUACAGUAUUGGACAAGCUGAAGGACAUUUUAGACAAUGUUGGGCAAGGCAUAUUUCAGAGGAUCCUGUCAUUAUUUUCAGAUAGUUUCAGAACGGAAGAGUCUGAUGACAUUCAUGCUGCUUUGGCCCUAAUGUAUGGAUAUGCUGCAAAGUAUGCCCCAUCAACAGUUAUUGAAGCCAGAAUAAAUGCCCUUGUUGGCACCAAUGUGCUCUCACGACUUCUUCAUGUUCGUCAUCCCAAAGCAAAGCAAGCGGUCAUCACAGCAAUUGAUUUACUAGGUAAUGCUGUUAUUAAUGCUGCUGAAAGUGGCUCACCAUUUCCACUGAAAAGAAGGGACCAACUGCUUGAUUAUAUUUUAACUUUAAUGGGUCGGGAUGAUGAAGAUGGUUUUGCUGAUUACAAUGACCUAUUGCGUACUCAGGCCCUUGCUAUAAGUGCCUGCACCACGUUGGUCUCGGUGGAACCAAAGCUAACAGUUGAAACUAGGAACCAUGUGAUGAAGGCCACAUUAGGGUUCUUUGCUAUACCAAAUGAUCCAGUUGAUGUUGUCAAUCCCCUUAUAGACAACUUGAUUACCCUUUUAUGUGCAAUUCUUCUCUCUGGUGGAGAAGAUGGAAGAAGUCGAGCAGAGCUGUUAAUGCUUAUCUUGAGGCAAAUUGAUCAAUUUGUCUGUUCGCCCAUUGAGUAUCAGAGGAAAAGAGGCUGCCUUGCUGUACACGAGAUGCUUCUAAAGUUUCGGAUGAUUUGUGUUAGUGGGUAUUGUGCACUGGGCUGCCAUGGGAGUUGUGCACAUAACAAGCAAAUAGACAGGACUCUGUUUAGGAAUUUUUCAAAGCUUCCAUCUGCAUUUGUACUGCCAAGUCGAGAAGCUCUGUGCUUGGGAGAUAGGGUUAUAAUGUACCUUCCACGAUGUGCAGACCCAAAUUCUGAAGUCCGAAAAGUGUCAGCACAAAUUAUUGAUUUACUCUUUAGCAUCUCUCUUUCACUUCCAAGACCUGCGGGUUCAUCUAUAUCUCCUGAGGUUAUAGAAUUGUCAUACAGUGCAUUAUCUUCUCUUGAGGAUGUUAUAGCCAUAUUGAGGAAUGAUACUUCUAUUGAUCCAUCAGAAGUUUUCAACAGGAUUGUUUCCUCCCUCUGCAUUUUGCUGACAAAAGAGGAGGUAAGUGUCUUUGAUUCUCAGUGUGUGUUGUUAGAAUAAUUAUUAAGUCUACCU